GUCGAAGAAAAGGUUUUAUUUUUCUUUCUCACAUUGGAAAAAAAAUGAAAACUUUCGCACUCAUGAAAUUUUAUUACAUUUUGCCAAAAACAGAACCAAUAAUGUAAGUAUUUAAAGUUAUGUAAAGACAAUUAUUUAAUGUUAACAUUAUGAUGGUGAGAGGGACCACGGAGCACGGGGCUGCCUUGCAGGCCUGCCUUCCAGCUUUGCUCGGGGGGGACCAGAAACGGGGGCGGAGCGCGGGGGAGGCAGGCGGAGGCCAUGGGCAGCGAAGCGGGCGCGCCAAAGGGCACCAAAGGGCGCCAGUUCCGGAACUGCUGGGACUGGGCUGGAGGAGCGCGGAGCUGGGGCGGCACCGCUGGUGCCAGCCCACGAACGACGCGGUGGGGGCGAGUGGGCGGAGGCGGCUGCGGGGAAGGCUGGGCUGCGGCGGGAGCCGGAAGGCGUAAGUUUAAUUUAGCUCAUCCCUGCUGGGGAGCUUCUGCGGUGGCCGAGGACUCAGACAACCCUAACCAGGGCUCUGGAGGUUUUCCUGGAAGAGGGGACCCCAAAUAGGGACACCCCAGAGCAGAGGGGAGGGGAACAGCGAGAAGAGACCCAGCCCUUGGGCCCAGUUCUGCCGUGGCCAGCCAUCCGGCCCCCAGGGCCCUGCGUGGGAUGAGGUUGCAGACCACCUCCAGAGGACCUCUGUACCAACCACCCCCUGGGCUGCAGCACUCCCAGUAGACCAGGAGCUCCAGGAGGCAGGGCCGGCCCCACGUCCUCUGUGCGCCACCCUGAGUUGGAUCCUCUGUGCGCCACCCCUGAGUUGGAUCCAGGGCUAGCUGCUGUUCUCCUCCCCACUCUCACGCUGCCCUCCUGCCUGCAGCCAUGACGCCCCUGCUCACCCUGUUCCUGGUGGUCCUCAUGGGCUUACCUCUGGCCCCAGUCCAGGCCUUGGACUGCCAUGUGUGUGCCUACAACGGAGACAACUGCUUCAACCCCAUGCGCUGCCCGGCUAUGGUUGCCUACUGCAUGACUACGCGCACCUAUUACACCCCCACCAGGAUGAAGGUCAGUAAGUCCUGCGUGCCCAGCUGCUUCGAGACUGUGUACGAUGGCUACUCCAAGCACGCGUCCACCACCUCCUGUUGCCAGUAUGACCUCUGCAACAGCGCCAGCCUUGCCAUCCCGGCCACCCUCGCCCUGGCCCCCGUCCUCCUGGCCACCCUCUGGGGUCUGCUCUAAAGCCCCUGAGGCAGACCCACUCAAGAACAAAGCUCUCGAGACACACUGCUGCACCCUGGCACCCAGUUCACCCUGCCUCACUCUCCACCCUCCCUGCGACCUCCUCAGCCGUGCCCAGGGCUGGGACUGUGGGCAAGAAGACACCUGAUACCCCCCAACCACCACGCGACCUCACUUCGAGGCCUUGACCUUCCGAUGCUCUGUGGGAUCCAAAAGGGCUGGGGGCACUGGCACAGUGCUGUUUAUGGGGAGGGGCCCAGUCAGGAAGGGAGCACUGAUCAGAUGGGAGCUGUGGCCAAGUCCACCUUCUGGGAAGCCCUAGGAGAGGCCCCUGCCUCAGCCUGCCCCGGGUGUGCUGGGGCACGGGGAAACGAGGACCUCCCCCAGGUGGGGUGGUUGGGGGGACUCUUAGGAGGAAAGGCUCUUCCAGGCCUAGGAAGGCUGUCACACUUCCUACUGAGGCCAGGAGCUGCCAGGGCUGGUGCGGGAUCAGGGCUGUGGGAGGAAGGCCUUCGGCACUGGCCCCUGUGCUAGGAAGGCUGCCAGGCCUGCAUUGGAGCCACCCCCUGCAAGGGAGGGGUGGCCAUGCCUCAGCAGGCCCCAGUGCCCCCGAAGCUGUAGAAGCUUUUCCGGGUCCAGCAAAGGGUCUGUGUCCUCUCAGUCAAACUCCUUGACAUUUCCCACCCCCCCAUGGGUAGGGCGCUGGGCCUGAGGCUGGCAGGACCUAGGGCCUUGCUAUAUUUGGUGGGUCCUGGUUGCUGACCUGGCCAGCGCUAUUCCGGGCAGGGAGGGAAAGGGGCAGGGCAGGUGGCCCGCUGAGGCCUGGUCCCCAACCACAGCGGGACCUGGCUGAGCAAGGCAAAGGACACGGGAUUGGGGGAUGCGCCCACAGGCUGGAAGUUGGGAGCAGCCUGGGGCAGUGCGGGGGCAGGGGUGGGGAGGGCGAGGGCUGGAGGAUGAGACCCAGCCCCUCCCCACCAGCAGGAUGCACACAGUGAGUGGGUGCCUCCAUCACCUUCCACCUGGGACUGCGUCCAUGGGGAGGACAGGGUGGAAGCUCCAGGUGGGUAUGAGGACUCCCAGGGACCCCACCCCAGGCCUGUGAAGCAGGGUUCAGCCCAACACCCACCAAUUCGUCCCAGAUGCAGGUAGCCCUGGGAGCAUCUGCCCCCGCUGCAAAUGGAGCCAUUGGGGGCAUGAGACCUUUUGGUGCCAGCAGUCACGCUGCACCUGAGGCCCCCACCUGACCAGUGCUCCCAGCUCUGGUGUCCUUGGAGGAGCCCUUCAAGCCAUCCCGCAUGGGCAGGAUGGUGACACGUCCAUGCAGUGGGACUGCCCUGGCCCCAAAGUGUGGCCCUGGUCAGGGGAGCCCCUGCUGGGAACUGCAUCUCCAGAGCUUUGAUGCAGGACCCCUGGGGGCUCGGGGAGUGAGAGGCUCCACCCCAGGGUCUCCUUGCAGUGAGUCUAUGUGCAGGCCUGCCUUCUGCUCCUGGGGCUGGGGCUGAUGGUCCAGCCUCAGUCUCCUGAGGACAGGAGGGGUCAGAACCUUGCUUAGGGCACACCCAGCUCCUGUUGGAGAAGGGAAGUGCCGGUCUCCUGCGAAGGGGCGUUGGGUGGGAAUGGGCCCGGAGUGGGAGGAACGUGACUCCCCAGAGGGAAGAUAGGCCUCAUACUGGGCCAACAGCUGGGAAGGGGUUGCUGCAGCACAGAGUGGGCCUGGACUCCCCUCGCCCCUACCCCCAGUGGUUGUGGCUGUAGCACUGAGCCUGGAGAGCGGGCCCGGCCCGGGGUGGCUGGGAGGCUGCCAGGUGCCUCCCAGAGCUCCCAAGGGCCCCCACCUGCAAGUGCCAGCCUCAGGGCAGUGCCCAGAGGAGGCCCUCUCAGCUGCAGCCAGCGAGGCCUUGGGAUGCUCCCUGGGAGGGAGGCGGCUUUGGGCUCCUAAGUCUGUGGGAGAGGCUGGGAGCAGUCACUGCGCGCCUUGCGCAAGCCCAUUGUCGGUCGGGUGGUUUCCUCAGCUGGGCUGGGAGGGGCUCCAGGAUCAGGUCCUCCCUGUCUUGCUUCUCAGUGGGGUGAUGGGGAGGAGACCUGGCCACCCAGCGCUCAGGGGCAGCUGAGAACAAGGACCUGCUGGAGCUGGAAGUGCCGUGGUGUUGAGGGGUGGGGUGGGCAGCUUCUCACACCUGCCUCCUGCCUCCACCUGUCUACCAUUCCCCCACCCUGACUUGUCCCAGCCCAAUGCUGACAGCACUGCCCCCAGCCCCAUACAUGGUUCUGCCUGGCUGGCCUGCCCUUGGUACCUGGCAUAGAACACACAGAAGGCACUCGGCUGGGGGCCGCUCAUGGCCAGGCCCGCUCAUGGGGAGUGCACGGCUGUGCAGCACCAGGGAACCGGGACAGCAGCGCCGGCAGAAAUCACAGCGGUAAACUUGUCCCCGUUGUAAGCAUCAAGGUGGCAACGGACAUGGGUCCCCCCACUGCACUGUGGCCCUGAGCACUGUAUAGCAGCCCUGCAAUGGGAGCCAUUAUCUUGUCCCUUUGACAGAGGAGGAAACUGAGGCACAGGGAGGUGAAGUAGCUGCCCCCAGUAGUGCCUCCUCGCUUACUCACCACCCCCUGUACCACAGUGCAGCCGCUUCUCCCACCAGCUGGGGUUCCUUGGACCCCCAAGCCUGGGAAGGGGGAGGUGAGUUUACAAAGUGGAGAACUUAAAAGGAGAAAAGCGGAACCAGAGGUCUGAGAAGCCCUGAGUGGUAGAGUAAGGCCUCCAGCGCUGCCUCUGGGUGCAGGGCAGAGUGGCAAAGUGAAGGGGGAGAGGCACAGGGCACCAUGGGGGCCCAAUUCCUACUUCGGGGAUCUCGGUGAUAGAGCCAAGGGUCCCCUUCGUGGGGGUAGAUGCCCAGGGCUAGCCGUUCCCACUGUCUGUGUGGACCUGAGUCCUGGACAUGCCCGAGUGACUCAGGAGCGGCUGCUUGGGCGGGCUCGGGCACCCCAGGAUGUUAUACAUUCUGGGAACUGGACAGGAGCGGCUGCUUGGGCGGGCUCUGGCAUCCUAGGAACAUUCUGGGAACUGGAAUCAGCCACUAAAGAAAUUGUAGCUGUAGGCGGUGACCCUGGGAGUGGGACCUGGGGACAUGGCUGGGUCAGCAUGGGGACACCUGGCUCCAGCAGGGGCUCUGGUCUGUCCUGGGGUCUUUGGGGCCAGGGCUGCGGCCCUGGGCAGGCUUCCUCCAGGCGGAGGUCCUGGGGCAGCCGGCCUGGCUCCCCCACUGUGUCAUCUCCCAUGAAGGCGAUUUGGUUUAUAAUUCUGAAACUCUGAAAGAGGUCGAAAGAAGCAGAGAGGCCCUCGGUGGAUAUGCCGAGCUUUUCUGCUGGUGCUUUGUCCCACUACUCUGGGUGGCCUGUGCUCCUCUUCGAGCCUCGGUUCGCGGGGAGGGCCUGAAUCUGCCAGCUCCUCUCAGGAUCUCCUUCUCUCCGGGCCCUCCCCAGCCUUAAGGAGCCUCCCAGACAGAAGGGUGGACAGAACCACCUGGGCAGCCCGAGAGACACGCGGGAGUCCUCCUGUGGACAGCCCUGCCAGCUUCCGCCCAGCCCCAAGCUUCAUUUGCAUCUUGAGGAGUAAGGGGUGGUGAAAUGGGAAUGCUGGUCUGGCUCAGCUGGUCGUGGGCAUAAGUGCCGGCUGGAUGGAUGGCAUCUCUUCCUCCUGUCUUAUGUCCUGGGGUCCAGGUGCUUCCCAGCGCCAUGCCCCUGCUGCUAUUGCUUGCCCUAACCCUCACCCUAACCAGGACAUGGACUUCCACCCGCAGGCCACUCUCUCCCUGGCCCACCAUGUACCCAGCACCCAGGAGAGCUCCAGUGUUGUUUCACCAAGCCAUGAAUAAAUCAACAGAUUCA